UUUGCUUUUUUUCAGAUAUGGCUGAAAAAUCACUGCGUUUGAAUCAGCGAGUUGAGGUGACUGGGAAAGAUGUUCGUGGUGUUGUUGCUUAUGUUGGUAGUACUAUGUUUGCAAGUGGAAAAUGGAUUGGUGUUAUACUUGAUGAACCAAGAGGAAAGAAUAAUGGGACAGUCCAAGGAAAAUCAUAUUUUCAAUGCAAAGAGAACCAUGGGAUGUUUGUGCGACAAUCACAGCUGACUUUAUUAGAUGAUUCUGGUAUCCCAAUCAGUGAUGCAACAAGUCCAUCUCCAGGUGCUUCCACUGCAACUACUCCUGAUGAUGGUGGAAAAUCACGAUCCAGAUUAAGCAGCAUUCGUAGGAAAGCUGAACCCACUACUGUGAGGCGAAAGUCAUCUCCUGCCCAUGGUCCAAGAACUAAACAAGAGAAAAUGAGGACAAUACCUGGUCGGAAAACCAGUUCAAGAUUGUCACUGGUUAGCAGUCGUAGCCAAGGUGAUUUUCCUGGUAAAGAUGAUUCUGGGUUUGGUAAAGACCUCUCCAACCUUCAACAGACAUCUGAGCCGACUUCCAAGAGAGCUUCUUUUAUUGAGAAAUUCUCUACAUCCUCUAAACAGAGCACUCAACUAUCUAAGCAGGUUCAUGUAGCCCUCAAGCACGCUUCAAAAAGAUUACGAAUGUUGGCAGAAGCUAGCAUUGGGGAGGAACAAGAAAAUGAAAUUGAGAAUCUGAAAUGUGAAGUGAGAGACUUACAAGAGAAAAUUGAAACAUUGAAAGUGAAAAGGAUGCAAGACAAAGGAAAAUUAAAAGAUUAUGACAAAAUAAGAUUGCAGCUGGAACAACUUCUUGAAUUCAAGUCCCGCAUAAUGGAGUCACAGACUUCUCUUCAGCGAGAAGUGCAGCGUGCUAAGCAGGAAGCUAGGGAAGCCAUUGAGGCUAGAGACACACAUGCUGAGGAAAUGGCAGAUUUGGCAGAGACAGUAGAGAUGGCUACUCUCGAUAAGGAAAUGGCCGAGGAGAAGGCGGAGACAUUGCAAUUGGAGCUAGAAGCAACACGAGAAAGGAUUGAAGAACUGACAUUAGAUCUGGAGAUAAUUAAAGCAGAAAUAUCAGAAAGAGCAGGAGGAGGAAUUGGUGAAUCCAGAGUGUCAACAUAUGAAAUUAAACAACUUGAACAGCAGAAUAUCAGAUUACGAGAUACUUUAGUGAGAAUGCGGGACCUGUCUGCUCACGAGAAGCAUGAGUUUCAAAAACUCCAGAAGGAUCUGGAUCAAAGGAAGUCUGAGAUUGCUGAGCUUGCUCGCACUAAAGAGAAACUGAGCUCAAGAGUAGAAGAAAUGGAGCACCAAAUUGCUGAUUUGCAGGAGCAGGUUGAUGCAGCACUGGGGGCAGAGGAAAUGGUUCAACAAUUGGCAGACUCCAAACUUACCCUUGAAGAACGUGUCAAGGAUUUGGAAGAAGCCGUAGCAGAUUUAGAGGCCUUACAAGACAUGAAUGAACAGCUCCAAGAAGGUAGCCGAGAACUGGAAGUGGAGCUGAGGGAGGAAGUGGAUCUUGCUAAUUUUGCUACUAGGGAGGCACAGCGAGAAAAGGAAGCAGCUUUAGAAACGCUGGCAGACCGAGAAAUUACUAUUGCGAAGUUCCGUGAACUGGUCCAGCAAAUGCAGGAGCAGAGUCAGGAGCUGCAGCAACGGUUGGAGAGGGAAUCCACAAAACCUGUUUCUGCUCUUCCAGAGAUUCUAGAUUUCAAGAAAAUGUUUACUGAAAGUAAAGCCCAUACAAAGGCAAUUGAUCUGGAGCUUCGACGCCUUGAUGUCCAGCAGUCAAAUCAACAUGUGCAGUAUCUAGCAGCAUAUAUGCCUGAAACAUUCAUGAGCAGGGGAGGAGACCAUGAUGCAAUACUUGUGUUGUUGCUGAUUUCACGGUUGUUGUGGAAGGCAGAAAUCUUGUUAUCACAAGUGAGGGACAAGUUCCUGCCCGUUGAAAAUAUUGAUCGUAUUGCAGUUGUCAGGGGCCAUGCUGUUGAACAGUUUACUUUCAAGUCAAGACUUUGUCAUUAUGUGUAUUCUCUUCAGGCCACAUUACAUCAGUUCCUGUAUGGACUGAAUUCAUGUUCACCAGACACACUCCUGAAAGUUGGGGCAGCAUAUCCUGAAAUGGCAGUACAGGAGAAAGCUGUUGACAUGUUUGUUGAGCUCCUGAGGAAGGACCAGCUUGAUGAAAAUGUUACAACUGAGGCUUUGGAACGCUGUGUUGCCUAUUUCAACACGGUUUAUCCAGUACUUAUAGGUACUGAGACUAAAAUGAACCAAACCUAUCUCCUGGGAGAUAGUGGAAGGGCCUUGUCAUCAGCGUGCGACAGUAUCUGUACAGAUGCUGCUGUGAUCAAGACCUUAAUACAGGCUGGUCAGGAAUCUGAAGACAUUGGUUCUCUAAGCCAGUACCUGGUUACUGCUGUGGAUGUGAUACAGCAGCAGCUGAAGCAGAUCCGGCUUCGCAUUCCACAGGAAGGGUCAGUAACUCAACUUGGUUUCUCAGAUGAUGUUACGGCUGUGCUACAGCAAUGCUGUCACCAUGCAGCAAAAGUGAUGAAAACUCUGCAGGACAUAGUAAAGGCUUCCCUUCAGCAAAUUGCACUAGGUGGAGAUCUAGAUGUGGGCCUACCUCAUGACAAAGUGAAGGAAUUUGCGCAUGUAUCAAGUGACAGAAUAUUUGAACAUGAGGACUGUGGCCCUGUUGAGAGUUUAAAGACAUCAAUUGAUUUCAUUCAGACUGGGGUGGCAAAGAUUGCACAAGCUAUGCAAGAUGGAGAAUAUGACAUUAACACAAACUCCAGCACAGAAGAAAAGCCUGUGCCACCUAUUGUUCUAAGAGCCCACGUGGUCAAGAAAGAGUUAGAGGAAACUAAAAACCUGAAGCAGAAACUAGAAGCGAAGGAGGCGGAUAUAAAGGAGCUAAGGAUUUCCUUGAAGCUUAAGCAGGAGGAAAUGAGUGAGAUCACUAUUAGAAAAGAACUAGCAGAAAAGAAACUUGGAAAUGUGAACAAAGACUAUGAGCUGACUAUUGAGAAGUUGCAGCGCAAACUGGAUGAUGCACAGCAGCUUUUGAAGCGGAAGGAGAAGGAGUUUGAAGAAACUAUGGAUCACUUGCAGGCUGAUAUUGACUCACUGGAAACAGAAAGAGGAGAAUUAAAGGAAAAACUAAAGAACUACUCAAAGAAAGCACUAAUAGAGGGUAUUUCAAAAACAGCAGUGAGUUCUCCUAGUCCAGUGCAGUACCCAUCAACACCAAGCUUGCCUGCAAUGGUUCGUGACUCACCACUUCUGAUGCAGCAAAUCAAAGACUUGAGAAUUGCACUGAGAAAUGUUCAAAAUGAAAAACUUCAGCUCCAGACAAAACUCGCAAAGAAUCAGCUGGACAGUUUACAGCCGCUGAAGAUUCCGAAGAAGAAAAUAGUUUGCAGAGAAUUGGAAGUUCCGAAGGAGCAAGAUGACAAAGAAAACCAAGAGGAAAGUAACUUGGGGAAUUUAGUAAAGAAAGCCUCAGCUUUACAUAAAGAAAUAUUGCACGUGAUGGUGAACCCUAAAGUUAUUGACAUUAGCUCGCGAGUUCCAGGCACUCCAGCAUGGCUGGAUAGAUUGGCACCAGCAAAUUAUCUCAUUCAGGAGGUGACUAAAUUGCAGGAUUUACAAAAGAGAGUUGAAGGACUGCAGAUGGAAGUUGUGCGGGAAGUUGCUAGACGGAAAGCAGGAGGCAGAGUGAAGGCUGAUUUUGCAUUGUUCCCAUCUACAGAAAUGACCAAGGCACUUCAUGAAAGUAAACCUGAAGUGAUUGGACAUCUUACAAUUCCUGUUACUGAUAAUCAAUCAGCCAGCGCUUCUAAUGUACCCCUUAUCUUGAAUGCUGAAACAUUGAUGAUGUUACAGAGGAAACUAUUGCUGUGAAUUAUAAACAGCAGAUAUUUUAUAAAUUAAGCAUAAUGUUAAUCUUUAUAUGUAAAUGAAGGCUUAAUUAUUGUGAAUUGUAAAAAUUGGAAGCACUUCUGAAACUGUUAAGUUUUGAAUUAAUUUCCAUUUCUGAUGUAUUUUUGUUCGUGUAGCAAAGAAUAACGUUUACAAAUUUAUAUGCCAACUAAAUAGAGCUGAAUCGAUUUUGUUAGAAGGGUCAGUAACAGUUCCUUCUCCGAGUGAUCGUUAAAAUUGAAACUACUAUACGCCAUAUUAUACCAUACUAUAUUUAGGUUCAUAGAAAAUGCAGUUCUGACUGAAUUCCAUACUGAAAUUUUAUUUCCUCUAAAAAAUUACAUGAGAUACAUUCUGGUGGUUUAGUUUUCCAUAUUGUAACCUCUUAACAAAUCGUAACUGAUUCAAUUUACUGAAACCAGCAACAUGCAGUAACGUUCCUGCACGUCACUAGGCUCACAGAACAUCAGGUCCCUGUUGCAAAUGUUUGCAACAAAUUUGAGGAUUGUGUCUGCUUUGUGCCAGGACAUAAAUUGAAUUUAUCUCAAAGAUGUAAUGAGCCAAAAAGAUACUUACUAAUGUAAUCAAAGUCUCGGACAGACGGACCUAACAGAGGGUAGGACCGAAUGGAAGAGGAGAAUUGAGGAGGCCACGGACCGGAGAGCCAUAGAAGAAGAAGAACGUAACUUUUAGUCUUGUGUUAGAAAUUUGAACAGUCAACAAUCAUAAAAUAUACCAGAAUUUUCAUUGUAAACCAUAUUUAUAGCAAUGAACUUUCACUAUAGUAAACACUUCUGAAACUAUGCAUGAAAUAUCUAGCCUAGAAGCACUGACACAUCUUGUCUGGAUUUAUUUGGUGUUUGAGAUCAGUUGAAAUGUGUCCUGUCAUUUCUCAGCAACGUUUUGUGGUUAUUGAGUAUUAUAAAUUACAUACAAUGUAAGAUUUGAGGUUUUCACAUCGGUGAGUAUGAAGAUUUCUGUCUUCUGGGU